AUGUACAAUGAGAUGAAGAUCGAAGCCCUUGUUCUUUCCCCUCUCUUUUUCCUUUUAUUGGCUAGGACAGCUAAUGCUGUCCGUGGUUGUACCGUAAUAGCUAUUCAACCUGAUUUGUUGUGGAAGAAAGCUGUUUGUGAUAGUGACACGUCACUUCUUACCAAAAUACCCUCGGAUCUACCGGAAACUUUAAUAAGUCUACGAAUAACACAGCAGUCCAUUAGACGGUUAGACGAUGGGGAAUUGAGGAAGCUAGUCUACCUUGAGGAAUUAUACUUAGAUUCUUGUGAGCUGGAGCAGGUGGAGGCAAAUGUAUUUGAAGGAUUAAAUAGAUUGAGGAUUUUAAGUCUACGGAAUAAUUCCAUUCGUCUUGACGAAAAUGGAAUUCUUCCCGUAUCUUUUUACCAUCUUCCAACACUUGAAGUUCUCGACCUUUCGGAGAACCCACUAGGUCAAAUUCCUCCAAAUUUAUUUCCAAUCGCAUUAGGAAAAUCUCUACUGGAGCUUAGAAUUAGUUACACCAAAGGCGAAUUGCCCUUGAAAUUGGAAGCCGCUGCAUUUACUGGUUUACUAAAUCUCCAGGUUCUGGAUAUGUCUUUCUGCCGUCUGGAGACUCUAUCAAGCGAAUUCCGAUCGAUAUUUCAUCGAAUGGAGAAGCUGAGAGAGUUGCAACUGGGAGGAAAUCCGUGGCACUGUGACUGUAGCCUACGGUGGCUCAGAGAAUGGUACCUUUCUGACACUCUUCCAUCAAUGACGCUUUCCUUCGACAAGAAGACGAAGUUUGGUGCAACAGAUAUUGUUACACCAACUUGUAAAUCACCGUACGUUGUUAAACGACGUCAAAUUUUUGCUCCUUCUGGAAGAAAUGCAAUUGAACCUGCAGAAUUUGUUUGUAAACAGUGGAUUGAUUCUAAGGAGAAGCACAUCGUGGUUGCUCUUGGAACUACUCUUUCUCUCACAUGCCAGGGAUAUUUUGAAAGCAUGAAAACGGUUCAGUGGUUCAAGGACAAUGUUCCAUUGGUCAUCCCAUCCCCUAAUUACUUCGUAUCUCAAUCAAACUCACUUGAUUUUGUCGCUAACUUGACUAUCAUGAAUGUCCGACGUGAAGAUAAAGGGAUUUGGGAAUGUGGUUUGGAUAAUGGAAGUGCCUCUCAGAAAGCUUCAAUAAAUGUCACCGUAAAAUUACCUAAUCCAGAGGUACCUGGUGAUGCCCAACGGCAGAAUCUGGUUUAUGCUGGCAUUGGCGUUGCGGUAGUAUUUAUCCUCCUUGCGGUGGUUGCUCUUGUCGUCUUCUUUUGCUGGGGAAAACGUGGAGCGGAAAAACCACAAGUAUUUACAAGCUGCAGAAAUCGAUUUCAGAAGAAUAGCAUCUAUGGCGUGGGGUUAGGUGAAGACGCAAGAGAGUUAAUCGGAACUCGAGUCGCCAAUAGUCAUCCCGAUUCUCCUGUUCCCCUAAAAAAUGCGGCCCAAGGACAAAAUAACCUUAACUCAAAUAAUAUUUUCACAAAUAAACCGGUACCAAUAAAAAACACAUUGUCUUGUGAUAAGAUUCCGAGUGUUGACUCAGAUAUUUCAUCUCCAAAAUUAAUAUCCCUGACCACUGCUACGACUACAACAGCAGUUCUGACUCAGCCUGCUCCAGCAACUGGUUUGAAGCAGCCUACUUCAGCAAAUUCCGCUGUACUUAUCACAACAGAUUUUUCAAGCCCUUCGAAUACCUCAAUCACAGCUAAUGGUUCGGAUUUGUGCCAUUUGCCUCCCCCAGGAAGCUACGGCGGUGUAUCUCUUCCCAGUCGAUUGCUUGCCCAGAUUACUGGAUCUACAAAUAACUCUACUAUGCCACCUUCAAGCAAUCCUAUUCUGAUUUCUGCUCCCUGUCCUAUUCACGGAGUAAAUGCAAAAUUUUCUGAUCACCCAAAAGAACAGCCUCAGCUAUCGAAACCCGUGAUGCGAACGACAGUGCUCGGGACUUGUCCAAUUCAUGGUAGUCCCUCUAGUAUUGCCUCUAGAAAUAAUCUCAAAAAGAUGGCCUCCUCCUUCACCCAGACACCCCGACAUACCACUAAGUCGAAAUCCUCUACCUCACUCCGCUCCAGUAGACAUCAAUCAGAUCGAUCAAGCUACCAUUCGCGGAAUACAAGUAUAGGACGAAAGAAGUCAUUAGGAUCGCAUCAUAGCAGCAGCUCUACACAGUGUCGGUAUAGAACUUUACCAUCAAGGAUUAGUGCUAAAUCGUUCACAACCUGUCCGAUUCAUGGACAAUUUGCUCCUUCUUUGUUGCUAAAGAGGAGAAGCAGCUCUAUGUGCUUUGAUCAGCACAAUCAGUUUGCUUCUAAACAUAGAAAAACGCAAAGUAUUACUAUGGAUGUUCCAUAUUGUAGUAGCUGUGAGUCGUCAUCCUCAGAAGUCACUUCUCCUGCGGGACUGGAAUUUGAGGAAUAUUCUUCCGCUUUUUCUGACAGUCCAGUUGCAGAAGGCAGUGAUUUUGGAUCCUCAGAUUCUAUGAUAAACAUGAAGACAAGUUCCCAGCACGGAAGCAUGUCUCUACCUGCCAAUCGAGGACAAUACAAAUCGAUGCAAAAUUAUCGAGAUUCCUCUUUAUCUUCAAACGAGGCUGAAGGGGGAGUCAACGUGGCCCAUUCCUCCCUCUUUUCUAAUGAUCUAACCGACAGAAGUAGUCUUUCUCUUAUCCCUCAUAAAAAUAAUACCCAUCUUCAUAAUCGGAUUCCCUCUAAUACUCGAACCAUUCUUGGUGAACCACUUGUUCUUACAUCCAUGGAUUGUGCAGGAGCAAACAAUGCUGUUUUAUCCCGAAGUCUUCAAAGAUCUAGGGAGGGUUCGCGGAAGCAUCCUCGAAAGUAUACGUCCAAUCAUUCACAUCAUUCCAUAGAAAGAAAGGCAGUACCCUCACCUAGCUCUUCCAGUCAAAUGGCCCCCAAGUCUAUUCUUGUGAAAAAUUCAUCCCAUCGCAAAACUCGGAGACGGUCCUCUGAUUUUGACGAUGGAAGAAAGUGA